AUGCCGUCGCCCUACGGACCAAGAUCCCCGGGCGCAGGUGUCGGAUACGAGCGAAUCGUGUCGGGCCGUCAUCCCGACGAUAUGGCCUAUCAACAGCAGCAGCAGCAGCAGUACCCUCAAUACUAUCAACGCCAACAGUACCCACAGGAACCCGCCUACGAUGCACCCACGCCAGCCCUCGCUGCCGACAGCUACUCGCCAGAGUACAGCAUGGAAGAUAUGCGAAAGCCCGUGACUCCAGGCUCGAAUCGCUUCUCCAUCGCUUCCUAUCCUCGGGACUAUGCCGACCCGGACGCAGGCUGGAACGAGAAGCGCCAAUCUGGCGUUCCCGUGGACACGUACGCCUCCCAAUCGUCCCCUCGCAGCCGUAAGAAGCUGUACUGGACCAUCGGCGGUGCCGUCUUGGCGGUGAUCCUCAUCGUCGGUGUCGUGGUAGGAAUCGUCGUGGCCAAACACCACAACGACUCGACUUCGCCUUCGAGCUCAAGCAGCAGCAGCAAGGGCAACAGCGACGUCCUCUCUGGUGAUCCUUCCAAGUUCAAGAAAAACUCGGCGCUUCACAACAGCUUCUGGGGAAUGUGCUACACCCCCUUCAAGUCGCAGUACCAGUAUGGCUGCGGCGUCGACCUUGCCUCGGUCAUCGAAGAUGUCCAGACUCUCUCGCAACUCACCACCCGUGUGCGUCUCUACGGCGCCGACUGCAACGUCACUGCGCUUAUGCUCGAUGCCAUCGAACGCACCAAGGUCAACCUCACCAUCUGGCCUGCCAUCUACCUCGACCAGUCCGACCCGAACAACGCUGCUUGGAAUCGUCAGGUGGCCAACAUCACGUUUGCCCUGGACAGCUUUGGCACGGAUCAUGUAGGCGGCGUCUCGGUCGGCAACGAAUACUUGCUCGAUGGCGGGUCUUCUACCAGUCUUUUGGCCUACGUUCAACAGUUCCGCACGCUCGCCUCUAGCAAAGGCUGGACCUUCCCCGUGGGCACUGCCGAUGCCGGCAGCAUGUUUACUGCUACUGUGGCUGCCGGUGUCGACUACUUUAUGGCCAACGUCCACGCUUGGUUCGCCGGUACGCUGGUCGCCGAUGGUCCUGCUUGGACGUAUGAGUACUUUGAGCAAAACGACGCCAGCGUUGCCGCUGCUGCACCCAACAAGCCCGCCGCCUACAUUGCAGAGACCGGCUGGCCCUCGGGCGCCAACGACACCCAGGCGCUCACCUACGUCAACGAGGAUGGCCAGGCGACGGGCGCGCACGCGGGUGUGUCCGAAAUGCAGACCUUCUUGGACGGCUACAUUUGCGAUGCCAACAAGAACGGCACCGGCUACUUUUGGUUCGAGCUGUACGACGAGGAGUGGAAGGAUGCGCUCUAUGGCGGUGUCGAGGCGCACUGGGGUCUGUUUGAUACCAGCAAGAAGCUCAAGCAGAUCACCAUUCCUAAUUGCAGCCACAGUUGA